CCAUGUAGGACAAUUUAAGUAGCAUCCCAGCGCUAAAUGACUGGCUUUUCCCUUUUGACAUUCUGUGGGCACUGUUAGCUAGCUAGCUGGUUUCUCCCAUAUUGGUUUGCUAGGUGGCAGCAGAAUACCUGUAACAGCGGAAUUUUUCACUUAGCUAGCUGGUUAACAAGAUGCUAAAUCAGAAGAAACGCCACUGAAUAAGAGCUAACUAGAAUUUCUGAGAAAGCUAUUGGGUCAGUGACAGUGGAAUACCAGUCAGGAUUUGACGGGUACUCUUGACAGAAGAAACCAGCUUCGUUUGCUCAUGAGAUAGCUAACGAUAGCUAGCACGGUUCAAUUAAAACAGCUAACGGGCUAACUCAAAGAUCCUAUGCAGCUGUAGCUAGACAGCUAGAUCAUUUGAAUAAUAAAGAAUUUGCAUUGCUAGAUGGUUACUUGGGUUUGUCUCUAAGUUAUUUACUUAGCUACAAUCGACAGUCAGUUAUAACCGCUGGCUAGCGAGCUGAUGUCUUAACAUUUUGUACGCCGUCAUUUGUAUUGUUUUUGUUUAGAUAGCUGUUCAUUAGCUAAUUGUCUGCUUGGCUAAUAUAAAUGGCUACAUGUAUCUAACAAGAUCUAUGACUGCGGAUGUCUUGUCAUUUUUUAGCUAGCUAGCUAUCGAUAAUAUUAUUGUUAUUAGCUAGCGCGACAUGGCCACACAAUACUGACUUGUGUUUCUAGCUGGAUGGCGGUGCGGGGUGUCUGAAGGCAGUUAGCUAUCUGGCGUAUUGAAAUUAAGAGGUCUCCAUGGGGAGAAGAGGGUGGAAGCUAUGAUAGGCAUUCAAAUGGCUGGCUGAUUGAUUUACUAGUUAGCAAAUAUUUUAUUAUGAAUUAGCUAGGUAAGAAGCGAUGUUAUAAUUUGAUGCAACUGUAAAUCUAAUGGUAGCCUGUCGAUCACACGGAGGUGCCCGUUUAAAAAGGUAUUUAUCUUAGGUCUUUGACAGUUAACCAGCGAAUAUUUGUUUGAAUAACAUCCGUGAAGCCAGCAGCCAAAUAUGAUGCUGAACUGUCAAGUAAGGUGUGUCAAGGUGGUAACGUGGCUAGAGAUGAUCUCGUUUAUUGUAUUGGCACAUAAUUUAGACAAUUAGCUGGCCAGCUAGCUAGUAUUUUAAUUGAGUACUUUGCUAGCUAGCUAGCUGGCGAGAUAAAUGACCGAGAUGAAACGUUGCAAAUCGGACGACUUCACCUCGGUUGUGGACAACAGCAGUCCAGCCGUGGGUAGGGCCGGAGAUGAAGAUACUCCGAGUGUGUUUAUCGUGGAGGUGAAACACGGGGACACCCCGGGAGGUAACCCAGAUUUAAGCAGCACCGCCCCGAAUCAGCACACCGCUUUGACCAGGAGCAAGCCCCCGGAUUUAAAGAAGAUCCAGCAGCUGUCGGAGGGGUCCAUGUUCGGCCAUGGGCUGAAGCACCUGUUCCACAGCCGGCGGCGCUCGCGGGAGCGGGAGCAGCAGAGCUCGCAGGACUCCGGCGCAGGGGCGGCGCUGGGCACCAGUGGGGCUUACUCGGACCAUGAGUCGGCCGACGAGAAGGAACGCUCGCCCGAGAUGCACCGUGUGUCCUACGCCGUGUCCCUGCACGACCUGCCGGCCCGGCCCACGGCCUUCAACCGCGUGCUGCAGCAGAUCCGCGCCCGGCCCUCCAUCCGCCGCGGCACCAGCCUGCACAGCAGCCGCCGCACCAAGAGCAACCCGGCGGCCGAGGGCCCCAAGGGCGGGAGCCCUCACCUGUCCCGCCGGGGCGCGCAGGACUCCUCGCUCAGCGUGGGCCCCCAGCACAGCCGGCCGCGCUCCUCCUCCACCACCGACACCGCGCUGCUCGCCAUCGACGCCGCCAUGCAGUGGGGCACUGAGGACCCUGAACGGGGCUCUGAUAAGCUAGAUAAAGGAGAGCUGAGCACACUGGGACUGCCCCCCACAGGCAGCCACGCCGGAUCUGACGGUAACAUCAGCAUGGACGUGCCGGACGCCGCUGAUCCGCAGCGCACCCGGGCGGCCAUUGAGCACCUGCAGCAGAAGAUCCUGAAGAUCACAGAGCAGAUCCGCGUGGAGCAGGAGGCGCGUGACGACAACGUGGCCGAGUACCUCAAGCUGGCCCACAACGCCGACAAGCAGCAGGCUUCGCGCAUCAAGCAGGUCUUCGAGAAGAAGAACCAGAAAUCCGCCCAGACCAUCUCCCACCUACACAAGAAGCUGGAGCACUACCACAAGAGACUGAAGGAGAUUGAGCAGAACGGUCUGUCCCGGCAGCGGAAGGACGUGCUGCAGGGUCUGAAGGAUGUCGGGGCGAAUGUGCGAGCGGGGAUCAGCGGCUUUGGCGGGGGUGUGGUGGAGGGCGUCAAAGGGGGCGUGUCCGCCCUCUCGCACACCGCCGUAUCCAAGCCGCGCGAGUUCGCCAGCUUGAUCCGCAACAAGUUCGGCAGCGCGGACAACAUCGCCCAGAUGAAGGACACGCUGGAGGACCCGCAGCCCGAGGACGCCCCACGCGCCCUGAGCGGCAGCGCCACGCUCGUCUCCAGCCCCAAGUACGGCAGCGACGACGAGUGCUCCAGCGCCACCUCUGGGUCCGCCGCCGGCAGCAACUCCGGAGGGGGCGGGGGUGGGGCGGGGCUGGGACCCGGCAUGGGGAGCCCCAAAGCCAACCUGCUGGACGGGCAUCACCACAUGCACAGCUCCUGGGACGUCCUUCUGGAGGAGCUGCGGGAGAUCAAGGCCAGCCAGACUCACCUGGAGGACUCCAUCGAGGACAUGAAGUCUCAGCUGCAGAGCGACUUCUCCUACAUGACCCAGUGCCUACAGGAGGAGAGAUACAGGUACGAGCGUCUGGAGGAACAGCUUAAUGACCUCACAGAGCUACACCAGAAUGAAAUGACCAACCUGAAGCAAGAGCUGGCGAGCAUGGAGGAGAAGGUGGCCUACCAGUCCUAUGAGAGAGCAAGGGACAUACAGGAGGCAGUGGAGUCAUGUCUGACUCGCAUCACCAAGCUGGAACUCCAGCAGCAGCAGCAACAGGUGGUGCAGUUGGAGGGGGUAGAGAACGCCAACGCCCGCGCCUUGCUGGGAAAGUUCAUCAAUGUCAUCCUGGCCCUGAUGGCAGUGCUGCUGGUCUUCGUGUCAACCCUGGCCAACUUCAUCACCCCGCUGAUGAAGACUCGGGAGCGCGUGGCGGCCACCGUGCUGCUGGCCCUCCUGCUCUUCUCCCUCUGGAAACACUGGGACUUCCUGGAGGUGUGGCUGCUACCCAGCUGACUGCCUGGCCCUGCCUUGUCCCUCCAGGCCAUGCCCCUCUUGUGGAAUUGUGAGGGCUCAUUCUGACAGACACAGAGAGACAUGCUGAAGUUAAGCAGAUCUGUUACAGAUGGGGGAAAAAAAAUGUGAAAAGACUGGCAGGGGUCAAAGCACGUUGGGCUGAGCAGGUUGUCCCCUGCCCGUGUGUCAGAGAACUGUGCUCAUUUCACUUCAACGCUUUCUGCCUUUCCUGGUUUUUGGUUUACAAUGUGCAGUUUUAUUUGUGGUUUUUUCUUUUCUUUGAAGACAAAAGACAAGUCAUUACUAAUGUUGGUCGACUUUAAUUUUGUUCCUCUCCUGGACCUGCCUGUAUUUGUGUGUGAGCUGACUGAAGCCAAAAUGAAACCGCAGUGAAGGAGCUGGAGAGAGGAGAUGGAGGGCUGAUGAGUAUUGCUGACUGUGCAUUGCUGAAUGUGUCAUCCUGCAGGAGAAAUGGCAACUACUAACACCGGCUGUCACCAUUGGUCAUUGCUGUAUUUAUUCGUUUUAAAAUGAUUUCUGUCAUCACAUGUACAGUGUAGUCAUUACAGUUACCAUGAUUCACUGCACACCAUAACAGGCUCUUAUCCACAGCCAUAAGAGCAUGAGAAGCUGUUUGAAUGUUGUUGUUUUGGAUUUUGGGGGAAUUAAUUAAAGGGCUUAGACUGUUCCUCCUUUUUUGUUAGUCCAAUAGCAUCAGUUACUGCACUAGAAGACAUAUUUCCUCCAAAGUACACGUUUUCAAAAUGCAUUUCUAUGUUUGCGGACUAGUCAAAAUAAGUGGCAGAAGGUGACACUCUUGGCCAAAGCACCGCGGGUGGACAGAGUGCAAUCAGGAAACAGGACUUUUUGUGCGGACUUUGGUCAUAAUUGAGAUAAUGUGAAGAAACAAAUAAACUUUACUAAAAUUCAGCUUGUGGAGAAAGCCUACAAACUAGCUAAUGACCAUCAAACAGAUUAAACAUUUAGUGACGUUAAACAUUUCAUUUGAUCGUUCCCAUGGAGAUACUCCCACUCUGCUGUUCCUGUGAUGACGGAAAUAAGUGCACAUAAUCUAGCCAGUUUGCAAAGCUUGUUUGUUUUUGUUU